AUGAAGCGCUCUGCGACCGAGGCACUCGGGGCAGAUGUGCGGAUGGUGCUCGCGGGGGAACAGGGCGUUGGCAAGACUUCGCUGCUGAUGACCCUCCUUGCAGACGAGUAUUACGAAGAUGUUCCGGCAGCGAUGGAUCCGGUCGUCAUCCAGGCCGAUCUCACUCCAGAAAAGGCCGUGACCUCGAUUGUCGACACAUCUUCCACCGUGCACGAUGAAGAUGCAAUAUGCUCGGAGUUAGAAUCGUCGAACGUCAUCUGUAUUGUCUACGAUGUGAAUUCUGAAGCGUCGAUUGAUAAGAUCACGGCGCACUGGCUUCCACUGAUCCGAACAAUUUUCGGCGAGGAUCAUGAAGUGCCCAUAAUUCUUGUCGGAAACAAAUCAGACGGCCCCAGCAAUCACACCGAGAAAGUGUUACCGAUAAUGGAGAAGUGGAGUGAGGUGGAGACGUGUGUGGAAUGCAGCGCACGAACGAUGAAGAACGUCUCCGAGAUCUUCUACUACGCUCAAAAGGCUGUUAUAUAUCCAAUGCGGCCUAUCUACGACAUUGAUGCGAAACGACUUAGCGACAAGGCUCGCAAAGCGCUUACAAGGGUUUUUAAGAUUUGCGACCGGGACAAUGACGGUCUGUUGAACGACGUCGAGCUGAGCGCCUUUCAAAAACUGUGCUUCGCAGCACCUCUAACCGCAACGGCUCUCGAUGAAGUAAAGCGAGCGGUCGCCAAGGGAUGCACUGAUGGUGUUGUCGAGGACUCGAUCUCCCUCAACGGUUUCAUGCAAUUGCACCUGUUGUUCAUCGAACGAGGCCGACACGAGACAACUUGGCUGGUGUUGAAGAAAUUCGGUUAUGGUAGAAAUUUACACCUGGCCGAUGAUUACCUGUAUCCUAAAAUUACGGUACCAAUUGGCUGUUCGACCGAACUUUCGCCCGAAGGAGUUCAAUUUGUGUCAGCGCUUUUCGAGAAGUUUGACGAGAAUAAAGACGGAUGCCUUGACGCUUCUGAAUUGACCAACCUUUUCUCGGCCUGCCCAUCUUCGGCCUUUUCGAAAGAAGUCUUUGCGGCUGUCGAGACGAAUCAACGGAGCUGGCUGACGUAUGGCGGCUAUAUGGCUUAUUGGCACAUGACUACACUGGUCAAUCUGUCGCAAGCUCUCGAGCAGCUGGCUUUUCUUGGAUUUGCUGUUGGUCGUGGACCAAUGAAAUCCCCUGGAACUACCUGCGAUGCCGUCAGGGUAACGCGAGAAAGGCGUCUCGAUUUGAUGGAGCGCGUGACAGACAGAAAAGUGUUCCAAUGUCUUGUUGUCGGGGCAAAGGAUGCUGGAAAGACGGUCUUCAUGCAGUCGUUAGUAGGCCGAGGUUUGACAGAAGUUGCGGCAAUCGGACGCCGCCAUUCCCCAUACGUCAUCAACCGCGUCCGCGUGAAGGAGCAGGACAAGUAUCUGCUACUCCGAGAGGUAGACGUACUCUCUCCAUCCGAUGUUCUAUCCGGCGGUGAGACUGCGGCCGAUGUCGUCGCCUUCCUUUACGAUAUCUCAAAUCCGGAUUCUUUCGCUUUCUGUGCUACAAUCUACCUCAAAUAUUUCCACAGAACAAAGACACCGUGCGUCUUGAUCGCAACAAAGGUUGAGCGCGAAGAGGUCGAACAACGCUACGAUACGCAACCCGAAGAGUUUUGUCGUCAACACGAGUUGCCAAGACCAAUUCGUUUUAACCGUGGCCAGAUCGGCGCAGCGAACAGCGCUGUCUACGAGCAGCUUGCCACGAUGGCCUGCUACCCGCAUUUGAAGCGCGUCUACUUCCUCCACGAUUCGAAUCUCCUAUCCCGACUGACCUUCGGUGCCGGACUCGCUGCCCUGGCGGCCUUCCUCGUCUACAAAAACUUA